AUUUCAUAAUAAUUGAUUAUUUCUAUAAUAAGAUAAUAAGAUAUUGAUUUAAUUUUAUGACGAUUGACAAUUAUGUUUAGACUUUAUGUUCAGACAUUAAAACUGCAUUAAUAUAAUGCAGUUCUCUUUCGUAUGAAAGACUGAUUAGUACCCGAAAGCUUUAAAGUUUAGGUUAAACUUAGGUUAUGUUUCAUGCCGACACGCGUAGGAAGUGUACAUAUUAUUAUGUGAAAAAUCUGAAAAGCAUAGAUGAUUGUGAUCAAUAAAUGUUUCAAAAUACACAUGUAUGUGUGCUUUGUUUUGUUUGUACCAUAAUUUAUGUAAAUUUGCGUGAGUAGCGUGAGAUUAUCAAUGAUGCAGCGUACGUUAAAUGAAUGCUUCUUGCGUACGAAUUUUUUCGGCCGGAGAUUACCUUACUGCACUUCAACCGCAAACGUAGCAGAGUCGUAUAACAAUCAGAAAUUACGAGAUUUUCCAGAAACGUUUAAAUCCAAGGAUGUGGAACAAGGCUGGUAUGAUGUUUGGCAGCAUAACAAAUACUUCGCAACCUCUAGGAUCAAGACUAGCAGCAGCGAGCAAAGGAAAAAGGAAGAGAAAGAGUCUUUCAGUAUAGUUUUACCACCACCUAAUAUUACAGGAGUGUUACAUCUCGGUCAUGCACUGACUGCUACGGUUCAGGAUGUGUUAGCGAGAUGGCAUAGAAUGAAGGGUCAUCCAGUGAUAUGGAUACCAGGUCUUGAUCAUGCGGGGAUUGCUACUCAGGCUGUGAUGGAGCGUAUGCUGCAGCAAACACGGAACGUCACGCGACAUGAUUUGGGCCGUGCUGAAUUCACACGAUUACUCUGGCAAUGGAAAAUGGAGAAAGCCCCAAUCAUCAAACAACAACUGAAAGCCCUAGGUGCUACGCUCGAUUGGGACAGAGAAUAUUUUACCAUUGACGAGGGACAUAGUGUGGCAGUGACGGAAGCGUUUGUACGACUAAACGAGUCGAAUCUGUUGUACAGAAGCAAGGAUCUGGUCAACUGGUCGCCGGCGCUGCGCAGUACCAUCUCAGAAAUCGAGGUCGAGGAUUUCGUGGUAAAUGGCAAGACACGACUUCAAUUGCCCGGCUAUAAUGUCAAAGUCACCUUCGGACAAUUGAUUAAGCUUGCUUAUCAAGUCAAAGAUUCGAAAGAAGAAUUAAUAGUCGCGACAACUAGGCCGGAGACAAUGUUUGGGGACGUAGCGAUUGCUGUGCACCCAGACGACGAGAGGUACUCAAAGUAUAUUGGCCGACACAUUUUACAUCCUGUAAGGGAGACCUCUAUACCCAUCAUAGCCGAUUCCUCGGUCAAGAGAGAAUUUGGCACUGGUGUUGUAAAAAUCACACCGGCGCACGAUCGCUUGGAUUACGAUAUCGCCAAGAGACACGACUUGCCGGUCAUUAAUGUUAUUAACGAGGAGGGAAACAUGACGGAGGUCUGCAGGGAAUUCAAGGGACUGCCGAGGUUCAUUGCGCGUGAGAGACUGAUCAACGAGCUUGCAGCACGAGGCGUGAUAAGAAGCGUGGAGGACGAUUAUCGGAUGGUACUGCCACUAUGCUCGCGUACAAACGACGUGGUCGAGUAUCUGUUGAAAGAACAAUGGUUCGUGCGAUGCACGACGUUAGCCAGACGGGCGCAGAAAGCUGUGGAGAAUGGUGAACUCAAGAUCAACUCGGAUAGUGAUGGAACUUACGAGCGAUUGUGGUACGAUUGGCUCGAUAAUGCCAGAGACUGGUGUGUGUCGAGACAAUUGUGGUGGGGUCAUCGUAUCCCCGCAUACCUCGUAAAUUAUAGCGGCGAUAACAACAAUCACGAUAACGAUGGCAUCCACUCGAAUAACGGCAGUACCACUUCAUGGAUAAUCGCUCGAUCCGAGGAAGAGGCACGUUGUCAGGCACGAGAGAAAUACGGGGACAUGGUUAGCGUACAUCAGGAUCAGGAUGUCCUCGAUACGUGGUUCUCGUCGGCAAUCGUACCGUUUGCCACGCUUGGUUGGCCGAGACAUACGGAAGACAUGGCGAAGUAUUAUCCGUUGACGCUGAUGGAAACUGGCCAUGAUAUCCUCCUAUUUUGGGUGGCGAGAAUGGUGAUGUUGAGUCUCGAGAUGACGCAGCGCUUGCCAUUCAAGGAGGUUUUGCUUCAUGGCGUCUUGUGCGAUGCCAACGGCAAGAAAAUGUCCAAGAGCUCUGGCAACGUUAUCUCACCGGAAAACAUUAUUAACGGUUGCACCCUCGAAGAAUUGAACGCGCAGGCAAGGCAUAAUCAUGCAAUGGGUAUUCUCAGCACCGACGAACUGCAACGAACGUUGCGUGUAAACGCGAAAUCGUAUCCCGACGGUAUACCGGAGUGUGGCACUGACGCUUUGAGACUAUCACUAUGUGCCCGUAAUAUCAAAAAUCGUACCAUCAGUUUCGACAUAGACAACUGUCGUACGAACAAGUACUUUUGCAACAAAAUCUGGCAAGCGAGCAAGUAUACGUUAUUGAUGGUAAACAAUAAUGAGGAACGCAAGGAGAACGAACAACAACGACACGGAGAUAAAAGGAAGAAAACCUUGAGUGAUCUGGACAGGUGGAUUCUGAGCCGAUUGUCGCGGAUGGUGGAGACAGUGAAUGGUGCGUUUGCCGAAGGAAAUUUUCAUAAGGCGGUCGCAGCGAUCCGUCAAUUUGUGCACUACGAGUUUUGUGAUCUCUACAUGGAGGCCACAAAAUUCGGCUUCAGAAGCGGUGAUGCCGCUGUGAUUGCCGGUCAUUCUGAUACUCUCACAAGAUGUCUGGAAGUGUCGUUGCGUGUUCUCGCACCACUCACACCGUAUCUGUCGGACGAUUUGUACACGAGACUUGCCAAACAGAGGCUAUCAGGAUUUCAGCCAGUUACUUCGUUACUCGAAGCGUCCUAUCCUGCGCCAGAUGAGUUUGAGCAUCUGAAGGAUGACGUAUUGGAACAGAGAAUGCACGAACUCGUGAAUGUGAUAAACGCAAUUAGAAGCUGUAUGGCAAACGUUAGUAAAAAGUCAAACCCGGAAGUUAGCAUCCUGGUUGGCGAUGUGGACGAUUGUAAUUUUUAUCGGGAAAAUGUGAAUCUGAUCAAGGGAGUCGGUAAAAUAUGGAAUGUGUCGAUUCAUUUGACGGAAUCAGUGAAUGAUGAGAACUUAAACAAGACUACGACGAGAAAUAGUAGCGAAAGUCUUGCUGAGAGCAACGUUCACACCAUUUCGUACAUGCACAAGGAUAAUUGCUUAUUGCUCAUUUCAGUCAUGGACGCAUCAAUGGUGGAACAAAUUAAGAAGAACAUUGUGAGAAGAAGGAACUCGGAAAAGAGAGAAAUCAUAAACAAAUCUUGAACUGAAGAUAUUGUAUAAAAAUGUAUUAGCGCCGAUUAAAAAUAAAAAAAAAUAAAAAUAGAAAGAAAGAUUUAA